AUGGCUGCUUCCACUCCAAAUCAUGAGCCGCCCGCCGUCAGAGCGAUUUCUCCAAAUGCUAACCUCGCCAAACUCGCGGCCGAAAUUCACAUCGAGAUCGCUGAGAUGCUGGAAGAUAAGGAACUCCGCGUGCUGCGUCAGGUGUGCCGUGCGCUUGCCAAGGAUACCACAGAUGUAUUCGCAAAACGCUUCUUCUCGAUGAUGAACGUCUCGCUUGACAUCAAAAGUCUUCAGAGGUUUGUGGAAAUGACGAACAUCUCCUACUUGGCAAAAUGGAUGAAGAGAAUCAAGUUGCGACCUGAGCCUUGGUGUCGUAUCGAUGGAAGGAAAACCUUUAAGAGAGAUGCACUCACGCAGAGUUUCCGCAAUCUGUCACUGCUGGGGGCGGGCAAGUCUAUCGGGACAUCUGGAGUAUGGCCCCCUGCAAGUGAUUACAAAAUCAUUGGGCACGCGUUAGCGGACUCAAGGCAUGUGAUCGAUGAUCUCAAACUCGAAUGGGGAGACUGGAUGCUGGGUCCUGCGCUGUUCCAACCUAUCGAUGUGGAACGCAUGCAAGUCCUGUUCCAGACCUGGGCGAAGCUGCGUGUAUUGAGAAUUAACCCGCUCAACAGGUUUAAUUUCGAGACCAUGGGUGGAGGCUUUCACCGUCUUUUCCUGAGUGCCUUCCAAAUCACUUCCCUAUAUCUGAGCAUGAAUGACAUUGGUCAAGUUGAUCAAUUUGAUCUAAGACAUUACCCGAUCUUAAACGAAGUGUUCUCCCUCAAGCACUUACGUCAGCUGCGUCUCGGUGGUGUACGAACGAACGUGUCAUAUAUGACGGACGUGGUGCUGAAUGGACGAUCUUCUCUCAAAGAACUUGUACUCUCGCGUUGCACAAUUUGGGACGGACACGAACCGCUGCUUUGGCCCAUUGUCCUCAACCACAUUGCUGAUGAGCUCCACUUAACGAGCUUUCAAGCAGUCCACUUGAAGGGAGGUGAUGAUUAUAAAGGUUUUCAUCAAGGAUACUUUUGUGAUUGUGACGGAAGCCACGGGUUCAAGUAUGAAGGUUCCAAGGAAGACAUUCGCGCCAAGAUCAAACAAUUGGCGGAGACAGGCGGUCACUCCGGCAUGUGGGAGAUCGAGCAUAAAGGUGAGGAUGAGGAUUGGUGGGAGGUCGAGGACGAGGGUGACGAUGAGGAUUGGUGGUUACGAGAAUGACU